CUGCAGUCGGACGAGGGGACGUCGCUGUGACGAGUUUGGCCGGUUAUUGCCGAAGUGUGCCGGAGCCGCUCGCCCCUGUGAACGGGCUUCUCCCGGUGCACGUUUGCUUUGUCCGCAAGCGCGUUUCCCGCUGAGGUGAAGGCGGACACGGCUCACGGUCGGUGCGGUGUCGGCGGAGACCGUAGCAGAGCGUCGCGUCGUCAGCGGACAUUACCGAGCUCCAGGCGGCGGAGGGUGAGCUGUGCCCGGGACCGACAGCAGUCCGGUGUCCUUUGUUGUGUUUCUCAGAGACUACGACACUUCACCGGGACAGAAAUGUGUUUUGGUCUCGCGGACAGAGUGGAGGAGAUUCGGUGACUGCGGAGGAAGCGCCCCCCUCCCCCUCCCCCUCCCCCGCCCGCUAUGGUCGGUGUGUGGAACCGACGACGGAGCAUCUCGGUUCACAUUUAUCUGCGUUAAACGGAGUCCACCCCCCUUCUCCCCCUCUCCCCCCAACGAACUUCGCUCUCAACCCCCCGAUGAUGACGUCUCCAGACUCUCCCCCUCUGGUCUCCCCUUCCCCGUGCCCCGCUCCCCCUCCGUCCCUUCCCUCCUCUCCCGUGCCCUCCUCCCCGGCCCCGUCCUCCUCCUCCCUCCCCGCCCCUCCUUCACUGCCUCCCACGGGGGAGGUGAUGGUGCUGGCUCUGGGCAGGAAGAAGCAGAGGGUGCUGAUCGCCCUCUCCAUCUUGCCCAACCUCUUCCUGGCCUUCCUUCUCUCUUCCGACCCCCUCAUCACCCUCUCCCCACCCCAUCACUGCCAUCUGCCGGGGCCCCCGCCCUCACUGGAGGCGCUGAACACCUCCCUGCCCUGGGAGAGCGGAGAGAGGCCUGGGGACGGCGGGGGCCCCUCCCAGUGUAAGCAGUACAUCAACGGCAGCCAGUCGGCCGCGGUGGACUGCGAGACCGGCUGGGACUACAACGUCACAGAGGGGCUGAGGAACAACAUCGUCACCGAGUGGGAUCUGGUGUGUGGUCAGUACUGGCUGGUCCCAGUGGAGGAGGUGUGUUUCAUCCUGGGUGUCCUGACUGGCUGUCUGGGCCUUGGCUAUGCUGCUGACAGGCUGGGCAGGUCCAGGACUCUGCUGACCUCCCUGACCCUGUCGGUGGUCUUCGGGGUGCUGGUGUGCGUCUCUCCGUACCCCUCCAUCUUCAUUGUCAUGCGUUUCUGUCUGGCGGCUGCCAGCGCAGGAGUCUACCUCAUUCUGUACAUCACCCGUCUGGAGCUGUGCGAGCCGUCCCUCAGGCUGCUGGUGACCAUGCUGGCCGGGCUGAUGACCGUGGCCGGAGAGCUGCUGCUGCUGGCCGUGGCCCUCGGCUGCCAGUCCUGGAGGGGCCUGCUGGGAGCUGGGGCCGCGCCGCUGACGCUGUUUCUCAGCUUUGGCAUUCCUGGGGUGUUUCCAGAGUCGCCUCGCUGGCUCCUCCUGUCAGAGCGGUCUGCAGACAUGAACUCGUUCAGCGAGAGAAGAAACUCCAACAGAGACGUGAGGGACGACGAGAGCUUCACAGAGCUGGACUCAGAGCCCGCCCCCUCCUCACGCCCCCACCUGUCCUUCCCUGAGCUCUUCCACAGCAGGAACAUCUGGAAGAACAUGUGUGUGCUCGGCUUCACCUCAUUCAUCUCUCAUGGCAUCAGUCACUGUUACAGCUCGUUCCGAGGGGACGUCAGAGGCACCGCCCCCAGUUUCUAUUGGAUGUACCUGCUGUCUGUGUGCGCGGGGGGCGGCGCCUGGCUGUUGCUCUGGGCGACCGUGGACAGGUGCGGUCGCCGCGGCAUCCUGCUCCUCUCCAUGACGAUGACGGGGCUGGCCUCUCUGAUCCUCCUGGGACUCAUGGAGUAUCUCAGUGAGGCGGCCAUCACAGUUUUCUCAGUGCUGGGACUGUUCUCCUCUCAGGCCACAGCCUCACUCUGCAUCCUGUUCACUGCAGAGGUGAUGCCCACCAUCAUCAGGGGCAGCGGCGUCGGCGCUGUACUCGCCUUGGGCUGCGUGGGCCGCCUCAGCUCGCCACUCAUGGACCUAAGGAACCACUACGGCUACUUCCUGCACCACGUGGUCUACUCGUCUCUGGCCCUGCUGGCCGUGCUGUCCAUCCUGCUGCUGCCCGAGAGCAAGAGGAAGCCGCUGCCCCAGACGCUGGCCGACGGGGAGCAGUACAGACGCCCCCCGCUGGGCAGGAGGAGGAGGGACAACGUGCCGCUGCUCGCGACGCCAAACCCGGAGACCUAAAAGGCUGAGAGACGGGGGGGGACGGGCUGGACCGAAGGAGGACAGCGAGCAGCCAGAACAUUUGUGUGUGUUGUUGUCUGAUGUUCCUGCAGAGGAGGAUGUGAUCAGAGCGUCACACACAGGCUGCCAUGUUCCUUCACCUUCCUGUUUCCUGCCGUUCACACGUGUGUGAAUGUGUCUGAACACACACUUUAACCGCACACACAUCAUCUUUCGAACCAUCUCUUCCUGAGGGACAGCGGGUGCUGCAUGCUGUCCCGGUGUGUCCACAGUAGACACGUUAGCUGCUCAGUACUGACGGUCCGGACCUGACGCGGCUCAGACAGUGUCCACUUCUUCUGGCAGUUUUUGUUGUGGGUUUUGUGUCGUUCUCUGUGACGUGCAGCCCCCCGCUCAGGGAGGGGGCGGGGCUGCAGAGGCUGUUCCUUUGUAAAUACUUUAGACUUAGUUUCUUCAACUUUCACAGGUGGUGGUAAAUUAAAGGACAGUUUGAUGAACGUGAAUCAGCUUCGAUCAAUUAAAAAAACAGACUUUAAUCAGACGUUCACAUUCAAACUGUGUGAAUCCAGUUUCUGAAUCUGGAGUCAGUUUAUUUCUUAUUUAUGUUAAUAAGCAUAAUCAAUAAAUUAAUCAGAGGCCUGGAAAUUUGUAGUAUGAAGCUAAUCAUUGUUAAACUGGGUCUGAUCAUUCAUCUGCAUGUUUGGAGACAGGUGAAGGAUUUGUCUCUCGUCUGUCCUCAGAAACUUUUCAGUACCUCUGUGGACAAGCUGUCUCAGCUGAGACAGAACGGACGGGUGCGAACACACUGUGACACGUGUGACCAUGGAGGUCACAGCCCGAUGACGACGGCGGCCGAAGAGGGCCCCAGAGGUCUGAGCGAAAACCCUGCUCCUCCCUGACCACGCCCCCUGAAGCCGCGCCGCACGCCGCGUGGUGACGAUCGGAGGACGCAGGGUUUGAUUGGACUCUGACGUUCAGGUGUUACUGAAGGAAAAUGAAGGACUGAACCUUUGCUGGAAACUUCCUGUGUAUGUUGCACUCAGCCAAUCCUAACACUUCUACACUGACUGUUACUGUCUGUCACUAACUCGAGUUACAUGAUGCUGAUCUGUGAUGCUGUGACCUGUCGCCUGUCACCUCAAAUAAACCGGUUAAUAAACAA